UUCCGUCAUUUGAUUACUCGGGCCUCCUGCGUUCAAAAUGGAGGCUCCCCUGUCGUCGGCACGUGAGCUCUUCGCGGAGUCGGUGAGGGCCGUUUUGGAGACGUGGCCGGUGCUGCAGAUUGCGGUGGACAAUGGGUUCGGGGGCUUCUACAGUCAACAGAAAGCGGACUGGCUGGUGGACGCUGUGCAGCAGUUCUUCCAGGAGAACGCUGACCUGCAGCAGUAUGAGGUGGAGGAUUUCCUGGCAGAAGUGAUGAACAACGAGUUUGACACCGUGGUGGAUGAUGGCAGUUUGCCUCAGGUGGCCUCCCGGAUGUGUCACUUGUUCCAGCAGUGUGAACAAGGGCGGCUGUCCGAAGUCAGAAGUCACAUCUCCAGGUUGGAGGAGGAGAAGAAGAAUGCUGGGAGGGCCAAGGCCACACAGGCGAAAAGCACCGCCGACAAGGAGGAGGAGAGCGAAGGGGAGGAGCCUGAAGCCGAGCCUAUGGAGUGUGAGGAAGCGAUACCAGGAAGGAGUUCCUCCACGUUGCCGCAAGAACAAGACCCUGCACUCCCGUCUUCCCCGGACACUGAGGAUGGCUGGACUGUGGUCCGCAGGAAGAAGUGAAUUGUCUGGUGCUGGUCGGAAAGGGAAGAGCAAAGCUCCUGUGAUGUCAAGGCCAUACCUGCCAUCUUGCGUCAACAACAAUAAAGGACUCUGCGUUUAUCUCCGUAUACGAGAGCGACAUUAUACACGGGCUGCUUAUUUAAUUUUGUCCGUAGAUGUUUGGCAGAAAGUUUAGGGUGACUGAGAGUAACCAUAGGUGUGAAUGCUGAUAUCCACUUAACCUAGUGGGAUAGCAGAUGCAGGCAGAGGAUGCUGCGUAGCACCACUUCCUCGUGUAGGUGGUGCAUGUGUCUUAAAAUGAAUUUGUACUGUAAAAAUCUUGUCUACAGUAGUAAUUGUCUGGUCCUUUUAUGGUCAAGUACAAGUUAUACUUUUUUGGACUUAUUUAAACAAGAAUUUAUACAUUAUGCUUUCUUCUGUUUCAUGAACUUCAAUGUAUGGGCUCCUUCAGAGAAAGAGUAGCAAUAAAUGCUAUAGGUGAACAGGGUUUGGUUUAGCAAAGCACUGACCUGUAAACUUCACCAAGACUUUAAUAGUAUGCAUACAUGUUUAAAUGGUUUUGCUAAAAACAGGUUUAUGAAAACCAUCUUCUACUAUCUGCACUGAAGACAUGAUGCUAAAUUGUAAGAGGAGGUGAAGCUCCUGCCAGCAUCUUACAAAUGUUGGCUGCCAAGGCAACCGUCUGUCCUGAACACCUGACUACCACUUUUUUUUUUUGUCCACUGCGCUUUCAUGCUGAAAACCAUGGGUGGUAUGUUGAUUGGGAUUUUUUAAAUCAGUCAUGAUUCAUUUGAAAUUUAAUAGGCUGAAAUUUCUCACUACUCCACACUGCAUCAGCUACUUUCUAAACUUGUGCUUGAAGUGGUUUAAGCUCAAUGUCUGAAUUAAUUUUGCUCAAUUUUUUGUAAAAUACAGGCUAGGACUAGAAAUACUGCAAAGACAACUUGACAUUGGGGUAAGUUAGUUAUGACUGUAGAAUGACAUGUUACCCCAAAACAAUAAAAAGGUUAACAAUUAGUAACUGUGGACUUGCUCCUAUUAGGAUGCAAUAAUAUCAGUAAGACAAGGUAGCACAAGUGUUAUUGGUAUAUAUUGUGCCUUAAUUUACUUGUUUUAUGCUUUUAUUCCUCAACACAGUGUAGUUUUUCCUUAAAUAUUUAAUUCAUAGUCUAUCCACAGCAGCAUCAUUCCACACAAAAUGUAUCAAAAGUAAAGGCAAUUUUUU